AUGUCCGACGAGGUCAAUGUGGUGGCAAUCAUGUAUCCCAAGGCGGGUAAACACGACGAACUUGCGUCGCACCUCGCGGAACUGUCUCGGGCGGUGCAGGCCAAUGAACCGGAUACGCUGGUGUACUAUGCCUUUUCGAUCAAUAAUGGGAGUGAGAUUAUGGUGGUUGAGAGAUACCGAGACCACGAAGCGCUGCAGACUCACCUGUUAGGACCGUAUUUCCAGACAUUCGGCGAAAAGGCAUCGGGAUUGAUGGAGCGGCCGUACGAGGUGAAAGUCGGGAAUGGGAUUCUGGACGGGUCAGCGGGGGUGAUGAGGCCUUGA